GCAGGGAGGGUGUGAGAUGGUGUGAGCAUGCUCUAGUGAUGUCUGGAACGAUAGAAUAUCCUACUGUUAUGUUGCAGUAGACUCUCCACCGGCAUAUUUCGUUCCCAUAAAAAACCCAUAGGAAACAACGUAUGGAGCUGUCCGUUUCAGCACUACAUAGGCUACCGUCGCCUUUGUGUAUCUACAUCACGUAAUGUCUAUUUCAAUUUGACGACCUCCAUACUUGAUGGAACUCGAAGCUUCGGACUGCAGUGCCAAUAACAGCGUGUUGCCUGCGGUACGCCGGUGUAAUAGACAACGCAUCUCUUAUUCCGUGGGCUAUGCUAUAUAGUAACAUGCGGUCAGACCAACUCACCGAAACCUUGCUGUCCUUCUGCAGCGUUUAACCUACAUAAUGUUCCGGUAUGGUGACUAGAGAUCUGCUGGAAACGACCUAUGGGCCUGUUGGUCCCAUUUGUCCACGAUAUCCUUAUUCUUACUGAGUAGGAAAGAAGAUAUCCUCAAUAUACACUCCUCUCUCUUCUUUAUCAUUCUCUCUCUUCCUGGCCUCAUGAUGUGCAGAGUGUGAGGUCAUGUCCCAGUCUGGAAAAGUCAUUCAUCUGUAUGUGGAGGUGAGGUCAGCCCCAGAGCAGGAUGGGAAGGGGGGCUUGGGAGGAGGAGUGGAGGGGCUUGGGACUGGGAGUGACUCAGCCUCAGCACAGGAUCAGCCAGCAGGGCUUUUGUCCCAGCUAGCCUGCCAGACAAAAUGCCAAACUCCUAGCAAAGCUCCAAUACACCGCCUGGCCCAUAACUUCACCCACACCCAGUCUCCCUCCAGACACAAAGUGAGCUUCCAGCUCCACCAAGGUAAUGGCACCCAAUCGCCUAGCAUCUCCCAGCAACAGAGUUUACCAGCAGCACUGACCCACUCCCCAGCCUUUUCUGGGAUUGGGAAGACCACCACCCCACACAAAGAUCACCACCCCUCCAAAGGGCAGGGGGUGGGGGGCAAUGGCAAACGGUCGGUGGUCACCUUCAGCUACAUUGAGAAGGCUAACGUCAAGACAGUGGAGAGCCCACAGAACUCAGCCUGUCAGAGGAGGUGUGGGGAGGAGCUGUCGUCCCCACCUUCCCACCCCCGGAAUAAACUCAAUGACCCCAUCUGGUUGGGUAGUCCUGGCUCCUCAUGCAGCUCCAGUCCCAAACUAGCGUUUCGUCCCCCAGGGGGUCACCAGCAGCAGCCGACAGGCUCCCCCAGCCUCCGCCACCCUGUCUUGGAUCGUGUCGGUAUUGCGGCCACCCAGCGUGCCCUGGAGGAGUUUGGGUUUGGUUCCCCCCUGUUCAGGAGUAAGAUCAUCCAUGGGCUCGAGCAGAGUCCCAGGGGCUCCCGCCACAACCAGCAGGCCCGCUGCCUGUCCUGGGCCGGCGGUUCUCCUGUCCAGCACCACAGCGCCUGCAAUAAUCUCCACAAUAAUCACGCUGUGGAUGCAGAUAGAAACCGUGCUAUUUGCGGGCCAUUACCCAGGAGCUCAGCCUCCGUCCAGCUUUCGUCCCAUGCUAGGCAGGCCACUCUGGGCAUGUCUCCUUACUCAAGACCCAGGUCGUGCAUGGGGCUCCAGGCCCAGAGCCCACACCAUUCGGCAGGUCAGGACGAAGCUUUAGAAGGUAGUCCAGCCACACAGAGACAAGUGCACAAGCCCUGUAACAGUAGGUCCUCCUCUCAAGGGACCAUCCUCCAACUUAAAAAUAAACUAGGGGAGGGAACUGUACUGAAUCAGCUAAGUUGUAGCAAACCCUCCUCCCCAGCCAACAGCCCUGAAGUGGCCCGGAGGCUAGCCGAGGAGGCUACUAAAGUAUCCUCUAUUUUAGCAGAGGUAAAGAGGAACUCAUUGACAUUGCACAAUGCUUUAGACGAAGUAGAGAGACCCAACUCUGCAUGUAUGUCUGGAGAAGCUGACAGUUCUGUCUCAAAUGUACAACGGCAACAUUUGCAGCAUCAGACAGUUAAGAUGAAUAUCCCUUUACACGGCCAACACACACCAGCGUCGAACGACAUUGACUCUCACCGGGCUGGAAACUUUUUAGCAUCGUCACGCACACAGGACUCAAACUCUCCAACAACAACCAAUCACGGGACACAGCAUGGAAGAGGGCAGGCUCAGAGCUCCAUUCUAUCAGACACAGUAGUGGGUGUAGGAGGGUCCCCUGCCCUGCCUUCACGCUUCAUCCGUCCAUCUCUUCCCCCAGCCGAGACCAGCUCCCCUCUGAAAGACCCCAGGCUGCUGAGAGCCCAGCUCAGAGUCACAGAAAGCCCCACACUGCAUCGCUGCCAGCCCCCUCAGUACACUAGAGAUUUCUGGUCCUUCGAGCCGGACGAGAGAGCCGACUUCUCCUGCUUUGAUACGGGGGAUAGUGCCGAGCUGGCCCGUAGGCUCUAUAUACGCCAAAGUGUGGUGGAAGCCCCUGUCAGCUGGACCUCCAGGCAGGCCUGGAGCCACCUGGUAGAGGAGGAGAGCAGAAACUCCAGUUCCAGCCCCAUACACGGACCUGGACCUGGGCAGCAGCCCCUAAGCGUGGCCCAGCAGAAAAGAGCCGAGCAUAGGAGGAGGGAGGUUCUGCUGCUGGGCCCUGUGGUGCUGGACUUGCCAGAGGAGGAUGAGGGCCUGAAUGGGGAUGGGGAAGAGGUUCACGGACCAGGGCAACAGCGAGGCCUGCUGAGGGUUGAGGAGCCUCCAGAGGGGGAGCAAAUCAGGGUAGCAGGAUCCUCAUCACGCAGCUCCAGCGGGGUGACCGGUAGCCUGGGGGAAAGGGACUGUGUGUCCCCAGAGUCCAGUCAGUCCAGCCACCAGAGCAACGAGACAGGGGCUGCCACCUCAGGGAUACAGACGGACAGUGGUUCUGCAGUCCCAGGCCCCUCCCUCCACUCUCAGAGGAUAGCUCGUGCCAAGUGGGAGUUCCUAUUUGGGACCCCCGCUGAGGAGGAUGCCAGCAGGGGGGAGAAAAAUACCAUCGAGGCCUUGACAGCUCCUCCUAGUGGCCAGUCCAGUGAAUCCCCCACUCCCACGCCCCCCACGUCCCUCCCCCUCAUCUCGGCUAAUCAUGAGGUGCAGCAUGUGGAGGUGGAGCUGGUGACUCCUCACCCAGCUGUGGCGGGGGCGUCGCCCAAGACGGGCAUCAUCCGGAUGACCCUCAAGUACUCGGAGACGGACCUGGAUGCCGUGCCCCUGCGCUGUUACCGCGAGACCGACAUCGAUGAGGUGCUUUUGGCUGAGCAGGAAGACGCCGACUCAGCAUUUGGCAGUAACCGUAGCGUGAAAAGCACGUCGGGUACAGACAGCAGCCCCCUGGGUGUCUGUCCCUAUGAGAGCACAAGUGCGGAGGAGGAGGAGGUGGAGGAGGAGGAGGUGGUAAGCUGGGCCUCAGUGAGGAUGCAAGGGGACAUUAAGAGACAGCAGCAGCAGCAGGUGAUUAGUCAGCUGCUGAAGAGGCCGUUGGACAGUUUCUUUGACAACCUCCCGGCCCUCAAGUCGCCCGUCCUGUUGUCGGGGCCUCGCCUCGCAGGCACCUCCGAGGACAGCUUUAGCCGUCAUUUUGAGAGCAUCAUGGAGUCACACCGCGCCAAGGGCACGUCCUACGGCAGCCUGGACCUGGACAGUGAGGAGCUGCUGACCUCCAGCACACAAACCGUCCUGACCUUUGACCUACCCACGCUGACCCCAGAGAUCCAGGGGGGUCAGAUGAUCUGUCAAAGCGCCCGGCAGAUUGUCAAGCUGAGCUUUGCCCCAUUGGCCCACUGCGAGAGGGGGACAAGCCUAUCAGAUUCCAUCGUCACGGUGACGGGAGACUCGGAUGCCACGCGUGCCCCCUCCAGCGAAAGGCUGAGUAGUAGCCCGGAAGACACGCCCCUGAGAGGGGGAGGGGGCGGGGCACGGAUGCUGGGGAGCAGCUGGUACAGCAACCCCACAUUCUCCUUCCCUAGGUCAGUGAUGUCAUACAGCAGCAACCCCUCCCUCUCUUUCCACAGGGAAAAGGCUUGUCUGGUGACAGACUCAGAGCUGGACAAGGACCUCAGUGAGCUGCUGGGCCUGGGGAGCAGCGACACCCUCACCAAUGGUAACCGUGCCAACGGGGAGGCCGCUAAGCGCCUGGCCAAACGCCUCUUCACCCUGGACGGCUUCAGGAAGUCCGACGUGGCCCGCCACCUCAGCAAAAACAAUGACUUCAGUUGUAUGGUUGCAGAAGAGUAUCUACACUUCUUUAACUUCAAGGGUCUUGCUGUGGACCAGGCUCUGAGAGCCUUUCUCAGACAGUUUUCCCUGAUGGGGGAGACUCAGGAGAGAGAGCGGGUGCUGGCUCACUUCUCCAGGAGAUACCUGCACUGUAACCCCAAACUUAUACCCUCUGAGGAUGGUGUCCAUACCUUGACCUGUGCCCUGAUGCUGCUAAACACAGACCUGCAUGGCCAUAACAUUGGCAAAAGGAUGUCCUGUACACAGUUCAUUGGCAACCUGGAGGGUCUGAAUGAGGGUCAAGACUUUUCAAAAGACCUUCUGAAGGCCCUGUACAACUCAAUCAAGAAUGAGAAGCUUCAAUGGACAAUCGAUGAGGAGGAGAUGCGGAAGUCUUUCUCGGAGCUGGGGGACACCAGCCAGGCAGACUCCGCCUCUAAACACAAGAAGAGCAUGGCCAGCGGCGGGAAACCACUAGUGGCCAUGGCCCAGCCCUCAGGAGCCCUUCUGUACAAGAACGGCUUCCUGGUGCGCAAGGUGCACGCUGACUCAGACGGCAAAAGAACACCGCGUGGGAAGAGAGGAUGGAAGACGUUCUAUGGCAUUCUGAAAGGGCUGAUUCUCUACCUACAGAAGGGAGUGUACCGGCCAGAUAAGCAGCUGUCGGACGAAGAUCUGAAGAACGCUGUGUCCAUCCACCACUCUCUGGCCAUGAGGGCUGCCGACUACAGCAAGAGACCCAAUGUGUUCUACCUCCGCACCGCCGACUGGAGGGUCUACCUCUUCCAGGCACCAAGCACAGAGCAGAUGCAGUCGUGGAUCACACGCAUCAAUACGGUAGCAGCCAUGUUCUCGGCGCCACCUUUCCCUGCAGCCAUUGGUUCACAGAAGAAAUUUGCCCGACCUCUGCUGCCAAGCUCCACCUCCAAACUGUCACAGGAGGAGCAGGUCCAGUCCCAUGAGACUCGGUUCCGGGCCAUCUCCACUGAACUGGCUGAGCUGCACUCAUAUCCUCCAGACCGAAAGGUCAAAGGCCGCGAGCUGGAGGAGUACCGCCAGCGAGACGAGUACCUGGAGUUUGAGAAAACACGCUACGGUACCUACGCCAUGCUGCUGCGGAACAAGAUCCGCUGCGGCGAGGAUGACCUGUCCGUAUUCGAGGUUCAGAUCCUGGAGGACAACGGGCUGCAGCGCGCCCAUUCCAGCCCCACGCUGCAGGACUUCAGCCAGGCCUCCCAGGGCAGCAGCACCAAGGAGCCGGUGGGCUGCAGUGGCAUGGGAAAAGGCUCCAAGCACACCGAGGCCCAGAGAUACAGCUACCGCCAGGCCGUCAAGAAGUGAGGCAGGGCGGGGAGCCGGGUGGUGAUGACGUGGCAGGUUUGUCUCCCUGCGCAAGUUUUUAUUUGAAAUCCAGUGGAGGGGGCUUAUAAGAGCUUGAAAAUGAGAGUGGUGAGAGUGUACUGUAUACACCAUGCCCCCACCCGGCACCCCCGAUCUCCUCGGCCAAUAGGGGAGGUGCAGCGGUGCAGAUCCUAUGACUGGCCAAUGCCAGCGGUGCGUUGGGGCAGGAGGGAGGGGGGAGCGUUGGAGAGGUCAUGCAGCUUGGAAAGAAGGUAUUCCAGCGAAAGCUUGCUGCAUAUGUUAAUAGACGGUACCAUGCCGUAUGGUAAGACAGAGGUUCCUCCCGUAAGCAGUAUCACCGCCGUACAAGGACUCCCAUCCAGCAUCUUUUUCUUUCCUUUUCUUUCAGGGCACCUCUCCCACAAACCCCUCCUCCAGCCUUUUUUCUUGAAAUGUUUUCCUCUGAUUUGGGACCAAACAUGUUUACACUUUUGACACAUUAAGUCUCAGAUGACUGUGCUAUUGAUUUGAACACGUGUUACAGUACUGUAAUACUGUAGUAACAGGAGCUAGAUCCACGACUCAUUGCAUUGCUGUUCCCUUUUUUUCCAUGACAUCUGUGUGUGUCCACAUACAUGAGGGAGCCUAACGACAAGGGUACUUGCAGCUCCUGAACUCUUCUUUGGGGCAAAUGUGAUGGCAACAAGGUGGCUCUAGUGGAUCAGAAUGGCAGUGCACUACACACCCGGAUCUGCAAUGGAGGCUCAGUUGCAGCUCUCCCUCCUGGCCCAAGUCAGGGCGAGAGACUGUGCUCUCAUGACUUCAAACCGCUCCAAUCUCUGCCCCCUCUCUCUCUGCUCCCCUGUUCUCACAUUCUCUGUCUCAGAGAGGGGGUAACUGUGGCUCCCCUCUCUACCAUCUAUUCCAAAUGGGUUGUCAGAGUGGUUGAUGUCAUUUGAGCCACACUAGUUUACUACUGUACAGCUACACACGAGUAAAAAAAAAUGUAAUUGUACUUAAUAAUCCUCUCAGAAAGAGAGGCCCAUGGUUUCUUAAUUGCUUUUCCUUAAAGGGACAAUAUGCGAUUUAAUAUAUAUGCCCAUUGAUUUUUGAAGAAUAAAACUAUCGAUGCCUCAUGAGCUUACUUCAACCCAAAAUAUAAACUUGUUUAACUCCUUUGUUUGUAUACAAUGUAAUUGUAAACAAACAUGGUAUAGCCUCAAAACGCCAGCCUCAUCCCUCAGCUGUUUACCGAAUCAGUGGUAGGGUAAUCGCUAUGUUAUUGUUCAAAACUGCAGAUUGCCCCUUUAAUAACAGUUGUUAACCCUCCUACCUAGCCAGUUGCUUUAGCUUUGUCUUGCAGCAGGCUUCUUUUUACUACUCUGUGCGUGAAUGUUGUUUUUUCUCAGCAUGCCUGCAUCGAGCUCUGCCUUUUUCUUCUUCUUGGGGAAAAAAAAUGUUUGGGUUAUGUUGUCUUUGUACUAAUCCUGUUGUAUUGACAUGUCUUCCCUGUUACUCCAUGUGUAAUCACUCGUUUAUAAGACCUGUUUUAACACUCACCAGGCAGACCCUGAAUGUACUUGUUUUUUCAAUAUUUGUACAGCAUUUUACAAUAACCUGUUGAUGUUGGACAUUCUCCCCCUCCUCCUGUGUACUGUUACAAGUGUCAUUAUACAUAAGUGUUAUUAUAGUAAACCUAUGGCAUAUGUUUUCUAAUAACCUGCCAACUACUAUAUUAUGCUUAUAUUGUAUGAUACAUUAUAUAUGUCGUUUUACAAUAUAUCCUGGUUGAAUAUGCAUAAAAUAAACAUACAUAGUUGAUAUUAUACAUUCCCUGUAUUUAAAUGUCCUGAAAGUGACCUAUGAUAAUCAUGUGUUUUUACAUAGUAUUCUGUAUGUAAAGGGUGAACAAAGGCACCAGCACAAUCUUGAGUAUUGUCUAAAUGCCUAUGUAUCUAUCAAACAAUGAUGAGAUUGAGAAAGGAGAUCUGGCGAGGUGGGACAAUACCAUAAUCAAAUUCCCAUCAUUAUUUCAACUCCCUGGCCUUGAAGUAUUCUGAAGAGAAUGAGAGAGGCAUUCUUCUUUAAAUUGGUAGCAUGAUUCACUUUGAAGGUAUUUGUUGAUGUUGUCACAGAGUAAUGUUUUGCUGUUGUUGCUACAUGAAAAACAGACAUAUGGAAUAAUGUAGUGGGUGUAUGUGUAACGUGUGAAAUGCGUGAGGAGGGCCUUGUAGGCUAAUAGACGGGGGAAGCAGCAAGACAUUUACUGACAGAAUAUGUAUGGAAGCAUAUCCAUACCAUAUCCUCAGUCAAUAUAAAGAAAAAUAAUCAACAUAACUAUUUCAUGACAUACCUUCAGUUUCAAGCUACUCAGGCUUUCAAAUGUCGGCCUUGAACAGCUGUAAUGCCAGCAUCGUACCAGCAGAGAGAGCUGUUUAGCAGGACAUUCAGUUACCUUUCAGCCAUAACAUUGCUGCACCUGCACUGCACAAGCUUUUUAGGGUGGCCCAUUGGCAGUCUCUGGAUAUGGAGCACUGCUGAGCUAUGUGUGAUCGGUGACUGAGAGUUCUUUUUGUGUGUGUGUGUGUGUGUGUGUGUGUGUGUGUGUGUGUGUGUGUGUGUGUGUGUGUGUGUGUGUGUGUGUGUGUGUGUGUGUGUGUGUGUGUGUGUGUGUGUGUGUGUGUGUGUGUGUGUGUGUGUAUCUGAGGAGAUGUGUUUCUGUUCUGCUGUAAGUUUGUGAAUGUCAUUGAAUGCAGCAUGCAGCAACCUGGCUGACCUGCUGUUCUACUAAGGAGCCUAUUUAAGGAAUGUGGCUGAGGAUAAUGGUCUAGCCAGUGCAUUCAUGUGAUGUUUUAAAGCAGCAACGGUUUAUCCAGCUGUGUCCAUUAACUUUACUUACCUUGCUGGAAAUGUUGUUUUGUACAAUUUUAGUACAGAUAAUUGAAUGUUAUGUCUAAGUUUAGCAUGGUGUAUUUUGCCUUUCGUAUUUUCCUAUCUCACCUCAGUCAUUUUCAAAUUAUUCUCCUUCCUUUUCCAUGAUCUCUUCUCCACUCCAGUCUCCUCUGCUCAUGCUUUCUUUCCCUCUCUAUUCUCCCCUCCACUCCUCCUCCUCUCUCGCAUCACUUCACUUUCCCUCUGUCACUGAUAUUGUCAGUUUGUUCUGCCCUCUGUCUCUGUCAUCUCACUAAUCUUUUAGGAAGCUGCCUUUAUCAGAUAACUGUAUGUGUUUAUUGUUACUAUAACUGAUGAUAUAUACCUUUAAUUGUAUUGUAACGAUGUUACAGCUGUGAUAUUACUGCUUGGUACUUGUAUUUAUCGAUAGUGUUUGACACUGGUGGCAUAUGUUGCCAGGGUAGUCUACCACAGAAUGACAUGUCCCCUCGGACAUUGGAGGGAACAGGGUAAGGACUGAGGGCCUUUUACAUACAAAGGGACAUUGUGUUGUUCAAUCAACAGGUGAACAACUGAAAAUCUCAUCUCUCACACACUAUUUGUUCAUAUCAUAGGGUCUAUGCAAUACAUGCCCUGUUUCCUGUGUCCCAGGCACUAACCAUGAGGGAGAGAGGCAUGCGGUAUAGAAUCUGUUAUAAAGCAGUAUGAUAAUAAUAAUAAUAAUAUAUGCCAUUUAGCAGACGCUUUUAUCCAAAGCGACUUACAGUCAUGUGUGCAUACAUUCUACGUAUGGGUGGUCCCGGGAAUCGAACCCACUACCCUGGCGUUACAAGCGCCAUGCUCUACCAACUGAGCUACAGCCGGGACUAGCCUCAGGUUCAACCUCCGCGAGCUCUCUAUGCCCACUCUGCCACUGACAUCAUCACAGAGCAGCUGCAGGGUCUCCAUGGCACUGGUUUGCAUUGAAACCACUAGCUCCCAACAAGUGUUCGCUCUAUGAUACUGAAAUGAAAGCCUAGGUGUUACUGUAUGUUCAACCCAUUCCCAGCAAGCACUUAUGAAUGUGACAUGUGAUAAUAUUAUUAUGGUCUGCUUUCCUUUGUAUUAUGUUUAGUGUAUUUAAUGAAUGGUUAAUAUACAGAACAACAUUUUUGUCCUUCAGUUCAUUGUCAUGUUUUUUGUUUUAUGAAGCUGAAUAAAGUCAAUGUAUUUAAUGCUGUUUUAUGCUGAUGUGUUGUAGACACCACACCAACGCUUUCAAAACUGUGAUAUAAUACACUACAGUGGGGUUCUGACUCAUUUCAGUUUUCUUAGAAUGCUGCCAAUGAGAGACAUUUAAAAUGUUUUUACUUGAAUUGUUUUACUCAUUUUAGCUGUACACAUGUCCACCACCAGUUAAAACCUCACCUCUGUAAGAAAACAUUGUUUGUAUAGGAGCUUUUCUUUUGGGAAGCAUAAAGGAAAAAUAAAAGUGUUCCAAAAAGUGA